CACAAAACAAACGAUUAUAGAAAAAAGCAAUUGUCUAUAAGCAAAAAUACAAAAUUAUGUAGAGAAUCAAAACUAAAUAAAAAAAAUUAAUUCACAUGAAUAAAUAAUCGAAUUUUGAGUUUUUUGAUAAAUAUAUUCUAAUAAAUCCAUUUUCCUAAUUCGGGCAGUAGUGUUUCAAGUGUUUGUUAAAUUUAAGGACGCCAUAGCAAUACCCAGACUUAGAUGUCCUUUUGAUUGCGCGAUAAAAGCAGCAGAAUAUUUACUUUUUAACCUUAUUUUAUAAAACCAAUACCUAUCCCUCCAACAAUAAUGACCGAGUCAGAAGUUAAAACAGAAGAAUGUAGUGACACCGAAAAUCAACUUUCAUCUGGAAAAGAAAAUAAUCAAUCAUUCAGUGAUGGAUAUUUUGAAGAAAGUAGUUUAAAUUCUUUAGAACAAUGUGAUGAUGAAAAUUACGAAGAAGAUAGUUUGCUUUCUACAGAUUCAGAUGAAACAGUUUCCGAUCGACAAUCAAAAACUCAACUUAGUGAUAAAAACUCUAAGAAUAUUAAAAAUAGUUCAGAAGAAAAAAAAUUUGGUUCAAAAAAUAAUAUUAAAUGUGGUGAAAUUUAUUGGUCUAAAUCUUCAAAAUCUUAUUUGUAUAAGUGCUCAAUGUGUCCUACUAGGAAAUUUAUGGGAUGCAUUGCAUUAAAACAUCAUCAUUCAAGAUAUCAUAAGUUAUUUGAUGAAACAGAGAAAAAGCAAAAAAAUAUUUUACCAAAGAAUAAAGAAUUAGAAAAUACAAGCGCCAAUAAAUCCAAAAAGACUGGUUCAGGUGAAAAUGAAAAAAAAAUCGCAUUAGAGCAACUUCAAAGUUUAUUUAAAAGAAAAAUUAUAACGAAUCAAUGCUAUAAAUGUCGGAAAAAAUUUGAAAGUGAUCAAGAACUUGUUGAGCACUCAAAAAUUCAUGUAAAAAAAAAUUCUUUAAAUUGUAUUUACUGUAAAGAAACAUUUACUAGACCAGAAGAAUUUAAAAAGCAUCAAUUAUCGCAUAAGCGAUUCACAUGCAAAUUUUGCGGAAAAGCAUUUGCACACAAUGGGAAUAAAAAACAGCAUGAACGUCUACAUAAUGAGACUGGAAACUCUUCAAAAAUCCAUGAGAAAAGUAAAACUACAAAAACUAAAGUUAAAGUUUUGAAAUAAUUUAUACAAAAAUGGUUUUGAACAUCUACAUGCAAGUGUAUAUUUAAAAACAAAAAUAAAAUUUUUAAAACUAAAUUUUGCAGCGAUUAAUUCAUUAAAUAAUCCAUUACAAAAGGUUUAUCAUCGGUUCCAUA